AUGAUGGAAGAUACGCGAGCCAAAUUACGUCGUCAACUACGUGAGGAACUAGGUCGGGAGAUAGUUGAGGAAUUGCGCGAUGAGAUCAGGCGUGAGAUACAUGAGGAUGCUUCCUACGAUCGAAAUAUGAGGAUUCAACAGCUAGAUCUUUUAUAUCGUGAGCGGAAACGCAUUUGGAAACUGGCCAAAUCAAAAUUUCGGACCCGAAGAUCAGUGAUUCUUAGUGACCGACAUAACUAUAUAACAUGGCGCGAUUCCGUCCUUAUGGAUGCCUAUAUAAUUGACGCUAAGGAUAUCUUCGUUCAAACAAAGCCACCUAAUGGCAGUAAUGAAAUCGAUAUCGCCUGUUGGGAUGCGAAGAAUGUCAUUAUGCGUACAAGGAUUCUUCAAUCAAUUGCAUCGCACGUACGAGAAACCAUCUGCCGGCAACGCUCUACCCUAGCUGCGGAACUAUGGGCUAGGAUAGCAUCAACAUAUGCCCCAUCGACGGCCGAAGAGCGCCUUGUGACCGUCAAAGCCUUGCUUGAUAUUAACCCACAGGGUAACUACCCAGCGAUGAUCCGAGAUUAUCAACGGAUAGGGGAAAAGCUUAGGCGAAUGGAUCUAUCCUUUGAAGAUCUUAUCCAUGACAUCUUUAUCUGUUCUCUAGGUCAAUGGCAGCAGGACUUUGUUCAUACAAAGCUAGACGAGUUCUACUCCUGCGGCCGAGGACCGAUCAAGAACCUGGAUAUUACGACUUUUGCGGGUCAAUUAGUUGCUCGAUCUUCUCCCUCCAGCAACAAAUGCAUCCCCCAGCAUCCGCCACGAUUCAAGCUUGAAGCGAGAUAUCGAAUAAGCCCUACAGAACUAAAGGAUUCACCUCGAACGAAGCAGGGUUGUCAGGGUCAGAAGCCCAUGCGUACAAAGGUGCCUCUGCCAAAUGAUUGUCGGGAACUGCAUCCAGAAAAGGCCUCUGACGAUAAGAACCAACCAAAAGGCCAGAAACUCGUCCUACGAAACCAUCCGCAGGCCAACUCGAUUGCAAGCGAACUAGCCCAAGAGCCCAAGCAUGAUAACGAACCCCCCUGGCUCUUGAGCACUGCUGCAGACUUUCAUAUCUCCUAUAGGGAUCAUGUUUUCAGCAACCUCCGAGAUCAUGAAGCAUCAAUAAAAGACGCCGGUGGCCAUGUACAUCAGAUUAUCGGAAUUGGAACUGCAUUAGUUCAUGGAAUGGAGAUUCCUGACGUUCGAUAUGCACCUGCAAUGAAGACGAACCUGCUGUCCUUCGGCCUAUUGGAUAAGCAGAAUUUUGAUAUAUCCCUACAUGGCAAUUUCGAGAAGCACUUCCUUAUAAAAUCACCUACAGGAGAUUCUCUUGGCGCCUACCUUGAGCAGGAAACAGGCCGAUAUCAUGUUAGACCAGUUUCGGAUGGCCAGAAGGAUCAUGACCAUGCUUUACCAACGGCUACCAUGUCAGAAUGGCACCAACGCCUAUCUCAUGUCCAUUUUCGAGCUAUACUAAAGUUCGAACAACAGAAGAUUUUGAAGAUCAAAGGACGAAAGACUCUAGCAUUCUGUGACAUCUGCAGACAAGCAAAACAGAGGAGACAGAUCUCCAAGGAACCUGCUUCGCGCGCUACAAAGAUCUUAGCGCGAAUCCAUAUUGUUAUUGCAGGAGGUGGAGCAACAUUGAAUUGCAAGGAUGAGCAAGCUCCGCCCGGCAUCGAGAAUACUCGAUAUUUCUUGUUAAUCACGGACGAUGCAACACGAUAUCGAUGGUUCUUCACUCUUCGGACCACAGAUGAAGCUAUCCCUACCUUCCAAUGGUGGAUUAAGCAUAUCAAGAACCAAGGAUUUAGCCCACCAGCUUUCGUCCGAAGCGAUCGCGAAUUCUUUACCGACAUGGUGAAGAAACUCUGCCAAAUCUGUGGUUUGGUCUUGGAGCCAACCACAGCAGAUUCUCCAUGGCAAAAUGGCGUUAGUGAACGCGGAAUCCAACCACUUCUGCAGUCUACAAGAGCGAUGAUUUCCGAUUCAGGAUUACCACGUUGGCUAUGGCCACAAGCCCUGGAGACAGCUGUCUAUCAUCUGAACCGAUUACCGACACAAGUCCCUUUGUACAAUGACCGAAGGUCUAUGGCGCCAACUAGCGAUCCGGAAAUCCAGCCAUGCGCGCAUCUUACCCCCUAUUCUGCUUGGAACAAUGGCGAUGCAAAUAUCAAGCAUCUUGUCAAAUUUGGUUCACCUGCUUGGAUGCAUCUGCAUGAAGCUUCAAAGCAUGCUGGGAAGCCAACUAGCAUGAUUGACCCAAAGGCAAAGAAAGUUCAUAUUGUUGGAUACCGAGGUACCCAUUUCUAUGUUGUCUGGGAUCCGGAAACCAACCAACUCCAUGACACCAGUAAUGUCUCGAUCAAUGAGGUAUUCAGGCCUCCGCAGAGCAAGCCGUACGGGGCUGAUAAAACCAAUAAAGACCCUCCAACGCACGACCCAUCCGAUAUCAACUCUAGAGAUAAGUUCCAACGGUCUGGCAAAGGAUCUGCUAUCUUAAAAUCUACAAAUUCACUUCUUCCAGAGCCCGGAUUGUCAAAAGAGGCUACCAAAGCCCUAACAGCGCAAUGGCUUGUAGUAAUGAGGAAGAGACGAAUACAUAAAGCACUGAUGGGACAAAAUCUGGAAGUCUGA